AUGUCCACCGAUACUCUGCAGCCCGGGCCGGUCCAGCGCACGGCUCAGGAUCUGGUGAAGGAGAUUGCGAAAGAGCGCGGCUAUCUUGGCGAAGAGCAGCUUGCGCGGAUUGGAGAGAUUAACCCUGAGCUUAGGCGCGAGGUGGAAGAAGCUCUCCUUCGAAAGGAUGAGAUGAUAGGCUCAGCUGUCUUGACUCUGGCACGAAACCUUUACACAAGUAAUGCUAGAUUUGUUUUUGAGCUGCUCCAGAAUGCCGACGACAAUAACUACAGCACUGCUCUCUCAAGCGGUCAAGAUCCAUUUGUGUCUUUCGAAGUUCGCCCAGACAAGGUCUCGAUUGAGUGCAAUGAGAACGGCUUCACACAUGAGAACCUCAAGGCCAUUUGCGCAAUCGGCAAGAGUUCCAAAGUCGGGGCAGCUGGGUACAUUGGCGAGAAGGGCAUUGGCUUCAAGUCUGUAUUUAUGGCGGCUUGGAAGGUUCACAUUCAGUCAAACGACUUUUCGUUCUCGUUCACGCAUCGCAAGGGGGACUCUGGUCUCGGCAUGGUUACACCAGUAUGGGAAGAUGCAGAUGAGUCACUAGGGGGCUCUUCAACUCACAUCACGUUGUUUCUGCAUACGAGUGAUGAUGCUGAAGAGGAUGCGAGACAGCGCGAGACCAUCCGACUUCAGUUCCAAGACUUGCAACAUACGAUCCUGCUUUUCCUUCGCAAACUACGCAAGGUGCAGGUCUCCUUCUUUGAUGAGGAUGACACUCGGACAUCAAGCACGACUUAUUCUCUGCAUGGGAGUAACCCGGUUACUGUCAAGAAGGAGACAUCUGAGGGGGUGGAGGAGAGGCAGUAUCAUGUCACGAAGCAUGUUGCGGAGAAUAUUCCCAGGAGUGAAAACAGAACGUAUUCCGAUGAGCAGGAUCGCGCCGAUUCGUCUACGGAGGUUGUGUUGGCAUUCCCAUUAGCUGAAUCAGGUGCUCCAAUUGUCGAGAACCAAGAUGUCUUUGCAUUUUUACCCAUGAGGCCGAUGGGCUUCAAGUUCCUCAUCCAUACCGAUUUCGUCACCGAAGCCAGUCGACAAGGCAUAGUUACCGGAUCACUCCGAAACCUUGGUCUCUUGAACGGCAUCGCAGACUGUUUCAUCAAAGCCAUCCGGGAUUUCUGUCAACACCCGAUACUCCAAUAUCAGUGGAUGCGCUGGCUCCCCCAACGUAACUCUUAUCCUUGGGACAGCUUCUGGUCCGGCCUCCUUGACAGGAUCGAAGCACGCAUACAAGAAGUCCAAGUACUCCGCACGCUCGGUACUGGAAGGUUGGAUUACAUUCACAAGCUUUGCCGUCUUCAGCCUUGGUUGCAAGAUAAAAACGGUGAUCCCCUUUUCACUGAUCUUGACGAGGAGAUUUAUCUUGCGAAGGAGUAUACACGUGAUGAUCAGAAGUUUUUGGAGCCGUACGGGCUGGAAAGCAUUUCUCCCUCGGAUGCGAUCACUCGUGUUGAGAUGGACCUUGAAAAGGACAUCGAGGAUUCAAGGAUGAAGAGUUCUGUCACUGACAGCGAAUGGCACUCGCUUGCAGCACGUGCACUAAUCUUGUUGAAGAACACUGCAACUGCAGGUCCCGCUCAAGACCGCCUCAAGCAACUUCGAUUCAUCCCCCUCGAGAAUGGCACCUGGGUAUCGUCAAGCAGCGGGCCACUGUACUAUUCGCAUGCUUCUGGCAGUCUCGCAAUUCCUGACGACCUUGAUUUGAGUCUGGUCGAUUCGGAAGCAGCCAGUAACCCUGAUCGGCGUGCUCUAUUUGACAAGUUCGGCGUCAUUGAAGCUCUUGUGAAGGAUGUACGAGCUUUGAUUCUCAAGAAGCCAAUCAAGCCGGUCGCAGACGAGACCACACUCGCAGCAUCCAUCGCACACCUCAAGUUUUUAUACCUUUCCGAGGUUUUACUGGAGGAGAACGAGGAUCAAGCGAAGUUACGAGGGUAUCAUGUGUAUGACCAGAACAUGAGAGCACGGUUACCAACUAAGCAUGAUGUCUACCUCACAACAGAAGACGAAUAUGGACCCAGUGAACUGUUCAGGCCUGAAGGAGAUGCGCCCGGCUUUCCAGCUCCUUUUCUCCAUCAAGGCUACGUCCAGGAAAGGCCAGCUACACCAGCAGGUUACUCAAGGGGAUGGAAUGAUUGGCUCCAGUUACGCCUCCGACUUCGGCAUCAACUUCGACUUACCACAAAGGGUUCAGACCGAAAGUUGGAACUGUCAUCCGCCUUUCGCUAUAUAGAGCAGCACCGACCGGAAUGUCUUUUGGGCGCGCUCCAGAGAGCCUGGGAUGUCGAGAGAACAAAGGUCGUUGAAUCUGCUGAUAUCAUGGGAGAGUUGCGUGAAGUCGAGGUCUUGUGCAAAGGAGGGGAUGAGUUUACUUUGUCUGAGCCGCUAUCGACUACUUACUUGCCUCUGCCCGAGCUUGAAGGGAAGCAUUCGCGCUACGCUGAGGAUGAAGUUUUUGUGUUUCUGGAUUUGGGUGAAUCGAUCAUCCCGAGCACCUAUCGUGCGAAAUGGGGUUUCUUGGUUGACGAUCUUGGGGUCGGGUGUACUGAUGACCUCCAGUUCUAUCUGACCAUUCUGAGAACUAUCCGGUACAGUAAUGCUGCUGCUGGAGUGCGUCGGAAUACCAGAGUGUUAGAUCUCUAUGAAGUCAUUCAUGCUCGGUGUCGGGAAGCUGAUAGCUUCCUCGACGCGCAGGUGGAAGCAAGGCAAGCGAUCAAUGACGGAAACCUCAUAUACAUCCCCGCACACGAUUUGAGCCCAGCGACAUGGACAUCAGCCGAGAAAUGUUUGUGGAACGCUCGAGAAGACAUGCAGACGGCAUACCCCCUCGCCCACCUCUACCGAACCGUGUUCCAUCGCUCAGAAGAGGAUCUCGAUGUCUUGCGACAAUUCUUCAAGACAGCACUCGGAGUCAGAGAUUGUUCGUGGGAAGAUUACCUGAGCGAGAUACGGAGAUUGAAGGACUUGAAGUGUGAGGACUUUGACUGGGUUAAUGACCUGUACAGAUCCUUGGACUCGGACAGGUUUGGUAUGAUGGAUGUGGAUACUACAAAGCUUAAGAAAACUUUCGUCGAAGAGCCAUUGAUCUACUUCAAUGUCGGCAACGUAAGCCGCUGGUACACAGUCGGCGAAUGCCUAUGGUCGAGCGCUACACAAAUCCGAGGCAGAGUAGCUCUCAAUGACCUUUACCCCGAUCUGGAAAAUUUCUUCGUCAGUUUCCUCGGCGUACAAGAGCUCACGCUGGACAUGGCCUACGACGAACUCAAGGAGAUGGGCAUCAGAGUGCCGCCACCAUCAGUCGCUGCUGUCAAGGAAACCAUCUGGGCGCUCAACUCUCUACUCGACACGACAACUGAUUCACCGGAUGAAGAACCUAUUUUUCGAGGAUCGGUCUUUCCUGUGAGGUAUCCGAAUAAGUCAGUGAAGUUGCAGUCUGGCAGGACACAAUUCGCUAUUGCCGACCGAAAGGCUCUGGGUGAUAUCUUCGCUCCUCAGGCCAAGAUGCUUGACUUUACGCUGGAUGAGGUUCGUCGCUUGCGGCCAUUUCUUUCAUGGCUUGGCCUAGAAAAGCGGUAUUUGUCUACUUCUGUGCGGGAGAUUUCUACUGUGGCAGAUGGACGAAUGGACGAGCUGCAAUACCCGGACAGGGAGAUCAGGCAAAAGGCAGCUGGUCUGUUCAGAAUCGCGGUGCAUUUUAACAGUCCUCGGACUUCAGAAGACAGCUCGGAGCUUUACUGGACCCUCAUGGUUGCAGAGGUCUACGAAACGGAUGGCAUCUCCUCCGAGCUCCAUUUGUCACAGGAUGGCCAUGGCCUGGUGCAUGUACAAGAUAGGAGUGAGCUUCACAUACGCGAAGAUGACAGCGGCCUCAAGAUUUACGUACCACGUGAUCCCAAAACACAAGGAUUCUGUUUCUUUUCGACUCUUCCAAGACGGUUCCUAGAAUGGAUGAUGACAGACCCUGUUACUUUACAAGUCAAGCAUGCUGAAUCCAAAGCUGUCCAGAUCGUGAGUGCAGUCUUGAAUGCACCUCUCAUCAACAUGUUGCAGAUUCUAGAGGCGGAGGGUGUUGUCGACGUGGACAUCCCUCAAGGCUGGUGUCGCCAAACGACCGAGGAGGCUGGAAAUGUCGCUGGAAGAGAGCAUGGUGAUGUCGAAGAGGAGGAUGUGCAUGAUGCCACUGUGUAUCAUGAAGCUCAGGAGACAAACGAUGAGACUGUCUCUCACGAGGCAGAGGAAGACCCCAUUGCUCGAUUUCUGGCACAGCCAGAGAUUCAUGAAGACGACAUUUCAAGCGAUGAAGACUCUAUGCUUCAAACAUUCGACAACCUAAGAUCUCCUCCGAGACUUUCUGACCUCCCUGUUCGACAGCGAAGUCCAGCGACUUCAAACUCAUCCGUCACUGGACGACGACUGUUCACCCCAACUUCGUCCACGGCCGAAUACUUCCGCCAAAACAGGCGAACAUCAUCAAAUGUUCAUCGGAACACAGGCAGACAUGAGUCCUUGCAAUCGACGCCAAGAUCAGCAAGUCAGCCAGCAUUUAUCUUUGGCUCUUCCCCUACAGCACAGCCCAGUUCAGCGUUCCUGUUCCAAAGCUUCGGCGAAGCAUCACAACAUCCUACAAUCGAAGACGAAGAAGAAUACCUAAGACUAGUCAACAAUGUCAUUUCUGCGGCAAAUACUGCAGCACUGUCUAGCAAAGGUGCUUAUGAUAUGUCGGGUCUCUUUGGUGCAUUGCCAGAAGUCGAUGAAGAAGAGGUUGAGCUAUCGCGGCAAUUCCGGUCGCACGGUCUUCCUGAACGAGACAUGCGAAUUGGAGCUCUGGGCGAACUAUUUGUCUUUGAGCUUCUUCGCAACAUGGAUCCUCCCCUACCUCGCUUCAGUCGCGACAAUUGGCAAAGCCAAAUGCGAAAGUUCAUCACCAUCCAUCCCGACUACUCAGACAUGCUCCCCUGGACCGCCCAAGAAACCGCCGACAUUGUAUACUAUGACCGAAAGCGGGUAUUGACGAAUCACCUGGCGGACAAAGGGUACCUUGACAAAACAGCCUGGCAGAACAAAAAGCCAUUGUUCUUGAUCGAGGUCAAGUCUACAACGGGACAUAGCCGAACACCAUUCUAUAUGAGUAAGCGACAGUAUCAACGGAUGCAGGAGAAUUCUAAUACGACUCUCUCGCCAGCGACGUCGCCUACGAUUUAUUUGAUUGCGAGAGUAUCGAAUGUUGAUAAGACGAAUGUGGAGGUGAAGAUUUAUCUUGAUCCUGAGAGGUUGAGACAAGAUGGGUCGUUGGUGUUUACGGGGGAGACGUGGUCAAUCGUCCCAGGACCUGGAUCAACUUGA